AUGAAAGUAAAAGCCGAUCGUGAUGAAUCAUCACCCUACGCCGCUAUGUUGGCUGCUCAAGAUGUUGCAGCCAAAUGUAAAGAGUUGGGUAUAACUGCUUUACAUAUUAAACUCCGAGCCACAGGUGGUAAUGGUACAAAAACACCUGGUCCUGGUGCUCAAUCCGCUUUAAGAGCUUUAGCUAGAGCAGGCAUGAGGAUUGGUAGAAUUGAGGAUGUUACGCCUAUUCCCACUGAUAGCA